CUUUCAAUUAAUUAGAAAUUUUUAUGCUCCCUAAAUAUCUCUCCCUCUCUUUAUUUAUCUACCUGAUUAAAGUAAACAAGAAACAAACUAAACAUUGUGUUGAGAAAAUGAAGGAAGAGAGAUAGAGAGACAGUUUGUCGACAAUGGCUUCGUCUUCUUCCUCCGUAGCUUUCUCUUUAGUCCUCUCCGUCUCUCUCCUCCUCCCACGCGCCCUCGGAGUGAUAUGCGAGGAGCUUUCGCAAGACCUAUGCGCAUUCGCCAUCUCCUCUGCAUCCCAGCGGUGCGUGCUGGAGAGCACACCGCGCACGGACGGUGGGCCGACAGAGUACGAGUGCUACACCUCGGGCGUGGUGGUCACGCACAUGUCGGACUGGAUUGAGACGGAACAUUGCGUGCGCGUGUGCGGGCUCGACCGCAACACGGUCGGGAUCUCGUCCGACGCCCUCCUCGACCGGCACUUCAUCCGGAAGCUGUGCUCCGGUGCCUGCCACCAUAACUGCCCCAACGUUGUAGACCUUCACUCCAAUCUUGCUGCAGGGGAAGGUGAGAGUAUAAUCCUAGCCGAAUUAUGCUCGGCUCAUCAUGGGAGCCCUCGUCGCGAAAUGGUGGAGCUCUUGAGUUCAGGAUCUGCACCAGGUUUCAUGGCUUCACCUCCUGCCCAGUGAUGUAAUUUACUUAUUUAUUUAUUUUAGAUAUAUACUUAGAAAAACUUUUGCUAGGAUUAUUAGUUUAUUUUGCGCAUGUUAAGUUAUAUUAUAAUAACUGAAUAAUCAGCAGAUUAAAGAUAUGGUGUAUUACUAUAAUUUUCUGGGAA